UCGAGGAACCGGAAGUGCCGAGGCCUCCGCAGUCCUCUCCGCCGCCGCCGCCGCCGCCGCCGCCUUUAAGCCCCUCGUCUGCCUCCAGUGUUUGCCGCCGGCGUCGCCGCCGAGGAAGCUGCUGUUGCCCCGACGGGAGUGGAGGCGGCCGCGGCAUGAAGCGGCGCAGGCCCGCUCCGUAGCGCACGUCGGGACGGUCCGGGCAGGCCCGGGGGGAAGGAUUGGAUGGUGAGAAAAGAAAAGAUUCCUCUGAGAAGUGAUCAGGAUGAGUGGAGAAAUCUGUGUUUAAAGUUGGGCCAGUUGAAAAUGAUCUCUUUGAAAGUGGAAGAGAUCUGAGCAGAUGAAAAUAAAAUCAGGAAAAUGCAACAUGGCAGCAGCAAUGGAAACAGAACAGCUGGGUGUUGAGAUAUUUGAAACUGCAGAGUGUGAUGAAGAGACUGUGGAAUCACAGGACCGGCCUAAAUUGGAGCCGUUUUAUGUUGAACGGUAUUCUUGGAGUCAGUUGAAAAAGCUGCUUGCAGAUACCAGAAAAUACCAUGGUUAUAUGAUGGCUAAGGCACCGCAUGACUUUAUGUUUGUGAAGAGGACUGAUUCAGAUGGGCCUCACUCAGACAGGAUCUAUUACCUUGCCAUGUCUGGUGAGAACAGAGAAAAUACACUGUUUUACUCUGAAAUUCCUAAAACGAUCAACAGAGCAGCCGUCUUAAUGCUUUCUUGGAAGCCUCUUCUGGAUCUUUUUCAGGCAACACUGGACUACGGGAUGUAUUCUCGAGAGGAAGAGCUCUUAAGAGAAAGAAAACGCAUUGGAACAGUGGGAAUUGCAUCUUACGAUUAUCACCCAGGAAGUGGAACAUUUCUGUUUCAAGCUGGUAGUGGAAUUUACCACAUAAAAGAUGGAGGGCCACACGGAUUUACUCAACAACCUUUGCGGCCCAAUUUGGUGGAAACUAGUUGUCCCAAUAUACGGAUGGAUCCAAAACUAUGCCCCGCUGAUCCGGACUGGAUAGCUUUUAUUCAUAGCAAUGACAUCUGGAUAGCCAACAUUGUAACCAGAGAAGAGCGGAGGCUCACCUAUGUGCACAACGAGCUAGCCAACAUGGAAGAAGAUCCCAGAUCAGCUGGAGUGGCUACCUUUGUUCUUCAAGAAGAAUUUGAUAGAUAUUCUGGCUAUUGGUGGUGUCCAGAAGCUGAAAAAACUCCUAGUGGUGGUAAAAUUCUUAGAAUUCUCUAUGAAGAAAAUGAUGAAUCUGAGGUGGAGAUUAUUCAUGUUACAUCUCCUAUGUUGGAAACAAGGAGGGCAGAUUCAUUCCGUUAUCCUAAAACAGGCACAGCAAAUCCAAAAGUCACUUUUAAGAUGUCAGAAAUAUUGGUUGAUGCUGAGGGAAGGAUUAUAGAUGUCAUAGAUAAAGAAUUGGUUCAACCUUUUGAGAUUCUGUUUGAAGGAGUUGAAUAUAUUGCCAGAGCUGGAUGGACUCCAGAGGGAAAAUAUGCCUGGUCCAUCCUUCUAGACCGUUCCCAAACUCACCUACAAAUAGUUCUGAUCUCCCCUGAGUUAUUCAUCCCAGUGGAAGAUGAUGCCAUGGAUAGACAGAGACUAAUUGAAUCAGUGCCUGACUCUGUGACACCACUGAUCAUCUAUGAAGAAACAACAGAUAUCUGGAUAAAUAUCCAUGACAUCUUUCAUGUUUUUCCUCAAACUCACGAAGAUGAAAUUGAGUUUAUUUUUGCCUCUGAAUGUAAAACAGGUUUUCGUCAUUUGUAUAAAAUCACAUCCAUUUUAAAGGAGAGCAAAUAUAAACGAUCCAGUGGUGGGCUGCCUGCCCCAAGUGAUUUCAAGUGUCCUAUCAAAGAGGAAAUAGCAAUUACCAGUGGUGAAUGGGAAGUUCUUGGCCGGCAUGGAUCUAAUAUCCAGGUUGAUGAAGUCAGAAAGCUGGUAUAUUUUGAAGGCACCAAAGACUCCCCUUUGGAACAUCACCUGUACGUGGUCAGUUAUGUAAAUCCUGGCGAGGUGACGAGACUGACCGACCGUGGCUACUCCCACUCUUGCUGCAUCAGCCGGCAUUGUGACUUCUUUAUAAGUAAGUACAGUAACCAGAAGAAUCCACACUGUGUGUCCCUCUACAAAUUAUCAAGUUCUGAGGAUGACCCAGCUUGCAAAACAAAGGAAUUUUGGGCCACCAUUUUGGAUUCAGCAGGUCCUCUUCCUGACUACACCCCUCCAGAAAUUUUCUCUUUUGAAAGUACUACUGGAUUUACAUUGUAUGGAAUGCUUUACAAGCCUCAUGAUCUACAGCCUGGAAAGAAAUACCCCACCGUGCUAUUCAUAUAUGGUGGUCCCCAGGUGCAGUUGGUGAAUAACCGGUUUAAAGGAGUCAAGUAUUUCCGCCUGAACACCUUGGCCUCUCUGGGUUAUGUGGUUGUGGUGAUAGACAACAGGGGAUCCUGUCACCGAGGGCUUAAAUUUGAAGGCGCCUUUAAAUACAAAAUGGGCCAAAUAGAAAUUGAUGAUCAAGUGGAAGGACUCCAGUACCUAGCAUCUCAGUAUGAUUUCAUUGACUUAGAUCGUGUGGGCAUCCAUGGCUGGUCCUAUGGAGGGUACCUCUCCCUGAUGGCAUUAAUGCAGAGGUCAGACAUCUUCAGGGUUGCUAUUGCUGGGGCCCCAGUUACUCUGUGGAUCUUCUAUGAUACAGGAUACACGGAACGUUAUAUGGGUCACCCUGACCAGAAUGAACAGGGCUAUUACUUAGGAUCUGUGGCCAUGCAAGCAGAGAAGUUCCCCUCGGAACCAAACCGUUUACUCCUCUUACAUGGGUUCUUGGAUGAAAAUGUUCAUUUUGCACACACCAGUAUACUGCUGAGUUUUUUAGUGAGGGCUGGAAAGCCGUAUGAUUUACAGAUCUACCCUCAGGAGAGACACAGCAUAAGGGUUCCUGAGUCUGGAGAACAUUAUGAACUGCACCUGUUGCACUACCUUCAGGAAAACCUUGGAUCACGUAUUGCUGCUCUCAAAGUGAUAUAACUGACUUGCAGGACUCUGCUGAACACUGGCUAUUUAACCAAAUGGAAGUUUAGUCAAUAGAGAACACAAUUGAUGAUCAGACUUUAGUACCUACCAUAUAACAUCUCCUUCUGAAAGUAAAUUUGGUGCCAUACAGAAGUCUGCAGUUUGUGGAUAGUAAUCCAUACCUUAAUCAGGCACACAGAACUGAGUGACAUGUGUUCCCAAGGGAACCAACAGUACCACGGGAAUUACUGAAAGAAACAAGACAUUAGCACCACAUAUUCCUACUACUGUUUUCACUCUGAAUAGCAUGUAAGAUUCUUGGACUUAGUGGAUUUUGACAGUAGACUUCUGAGUUUGUGAAAAUAUGAUAGGAAUGAUUGGUUCAAUUCCAGAAUCUCUGACUAGUUACAGAUUUGCUAGCACUUAAGUGUAAUUUGAAUAGCUUAUGCUUCAUUGCUUGGGGUGUAUCCAGCAUGUUAUGAACUAAUCACUAUUAAACCUAUGACUUACCCAGUUAAUGAUUUUUUUCAAGGACAACUUAGUGUCCUCCUAAAGAUACUUAUUUGGGCUCUGAUCAGUUUUUAGCUAAUUUAAACAGUAUAUAGUAUAAUUUUUUUCUUUGAUGAUAUGACAGAGUUAAGGUCUUACUUUUGCGUAAAGGCAAGCAACUGUAUGUAGCAUGGGUUUAAUCAUAAGUCUCAUGAUGUUAAUAACUAUAGGCAUAAAUUUUUUAAUCAAAUUACUAGAGAGCUUAAAUUUUUUUUCAGGCAAGUUUUUCCCCCCUUUUAGGAACAGAAAAUGUUCAUAUUCACUUAUAUUCAAAAUAUUUAAUGGUGCCAGUUUCCACUUGGUAUUCCCUUAUUAAAAUGUUCCAGAGUUUUUGGAUGGUAAGGGAAUUACAAUGGAAUGGGGGAAGCCCUGAUUCAAGGAGUGAUGGAGAAAGGGGGUGGUAAGGGUCUGCUCAAGAAUUGAGCAUAAACUCAGCUAAAAGACUCAUGAAAAACCUGGGAAGAAUGAAAGCUAGCCUGGUUGGGAAGUCUGCUUUUGCCAGCACAGCUAUAGGCAGCAUCUGGAGGAGGGAAAGUUCCUUAGAGUUAUUUUUAUAAUUCCAAUUUUUUUGUUAGUGUUCCUCCCAAUUUUAAACAAAUCUAAACUCUAACCUUCUUAUUUGAACAUAAAAUGAAAAGGUUUCCAAACAGCUUCUUUGUCCUCAGCUAAUCCCUGGCAAGCCAUGGUUCACUCUUCAGUGUUGAAAACCUGUAAACAGUUUUGUUGCAUGGCCAUGGCAUUUUCCUGGUUUAGCCUUCGAGCUUAACUAUGAAGGGAACAUAGAAGCUUUUAACUGCUGAUUGGCAUCUGCCCUUGUAGGGCCUUCUGGUAUUAGACGGGUCCCGUUGGAGCCAGUGGCAGAGAGGGUGUCUGUGGGUUUGACCUUUUUUAAUCUCAAGCUUCAGUGUUAGAAAAUUACCAGUAAUCUAAAAUUGCAUUCCAAGAAGACUCGCUCUGUUUCUUUCUGAGCACUGUAGUAGGUUUCUUCAUUCUAGAGAGUGCCAGUCUGCUUUACUGUGGAUGGUGACUGCAUCAGAGGUGGGCAUUGCAGGAGGCUCAGAAAUGGGAGGGAGGGCUGGGAUUUGCUGGUUUGUGUGUCUCUGCUGUACAGUAGAUUCCAUGAUUUUCCUCGUUGUAUAUGUAUCAACUUUCAUGUUUAUGAAAUUUUCAUGCCAAGAUUUGUUUAUAUUUUAAGUUAAAUUAAAUUGAUUUGGGUAACUGUUCUUCCCCCAACAAAGUAUUUUCCCUCAUGACUUAAGUACCUGACUGUUGAGGAUGGUAAUUGUGGACUAGAUGGCCUCCAAGGAUCUACCUUUAUAUGCUAAGUACAAGUGGCAUAAAAUAGCCUGUAGACAGCUGCUUGAAAUCUCUCACCCCUAAAGUUUGUUUAAUAAGACACCUCUUGUUUUACCCAAACAAACUUUAGAAAAUCUCACAUAUCUUGGAUUCUUCACCUUCUUCCUCCUGUUGCAAGGAAUGCUCUUCUGACUACAUCACUUAGAUGCUGGUCCGCUCUAAAGGGAAGUAAGUGCCUGCCUAACUGCUUACAGAAAGAUGGCAUGAUUGAGCUUGCUCUUCACCCUAGUAUGGAACACAUCACAAAACUAAAGCGACCAGAGAAUCACUCUAAAAUUGUCCCCUGACUAUGGGUAGAAGCAAAAAAGUCAAGAGAACACAAAAGAACAGCAUUUUAAUGGAAACCAGAAAGCUCCGGGUUAAGCAUCAAGACACAGGGUUUUAGGUUUAGUGAAUCAGUGUACGUGAACAGCAGGCAGUUACUUGAGCUUGAAGAGCAGCAGAACUCUGAAGAAUUGUCCAGAACGCAGAGUGGAAGAAAUGAAGUCUUGAACCUUAUGCUCAGAACUUAGAGCUCUAUUGAUUUGGGUGGAGCCAGGACCUUGUGUGUCUAAUGAGCUUUCCAGGUGUUUAAUCAAAUCACUGCAGACUGCUUCAAGAAACUUCUGUGAUUGGAGUUGGAGUAAGAAAAGAAGCGACUUUUACAUUGGAUGGAUUAAGAACCCAAAACAAUAGUCAAGAAAGCUACUCACCUGUCUUUAACUAUUGACCUCUUAGGAACUUUAUAUGCCCUUGGUCUGGAAUUCAUUUUGGAAUAAGGGUUUUUUCCUCCUUUGCCAGUCCUGACUCUUCCAAAGCCUCAAACAGGAAGAUGCAGCCUCCAUGCAUGCCUGGCCUUUCAAACCAGGAACUUCAGAGAGAGAUAUGUGCUCUCUUUCACUACUAGUUUUACACCUUUCCGGAAGGUGUCUCCUGCCUUGUUAAAGCACUGUUCUCUCUUUGGUGGAAUGGUUCCUAGAGGAUCACUCAUUGUAACAGAAUUUUACAUUUUCCAGCUGGAACAAAUCCUUGACAUCAGCCAACCAGUUAGUAUCGGUCGGUACUAGGCUCCCUCCAAUGACCUGCCUCAUGGUAGUUAUGAUAUUUAGGAAAGGCAGAUUUUUAAAAAGUAUUUAUUAAUAUAUUCCUACAAAACAUUUUAAAGGAAUAUUUAAAAUGGUUAAUUUUUCCAUUCUAAAGUAAAUGCUAAGCAUGCUUAUUAAUGAAGCAGUACUUCCAAUAAGUAAAUGACAUUAUGAAGUUAAUUGAAAUCAUUAUAGUAAAAGUGUCUCCCUGUUGUCAUAGGAGAUUGGGACAUGGAGAGCUCACCUAAGCCUGGGAGCCUGUCCUACAGCUCUUUGACUUGUGACAAGAGCCACGAUUGUGUCUAAACCAUGGAUUGUGAAAGUCCUCUUCCAGCAGAUGGAAAGGGAUUAGGAAGCUCCCUGACUCCCACCUUCCCAGCCUCCGCUGCACCUGUCUGCCCUCCAGCAGAAAAUACACUUGUUAAUGCAAGGUGCUCAGCUGUAGGUAAUUGUUUCAAAAGCCCCUCACAGACACAGAAGUUGUGUUUGUAUGUAUAUUUUUAAGUAACCCAAACACAAAUUUAUGUUGUUUUCAGCAAAAUUGGAGUUGGGGUCUUUAAUUUUAGCACAUGAAGUGCCUGCUGUUUGAAGCACUGACUGAGCAAUGACCUGCAUGCCUCUCUCCAGUCAGCUCAUGAGUUUUCUCAUUUCCAGCUACAUGGCUUUUAAUCAUGUGAAGUGAAACAUGAGUUUUGUUGCAUUUUAUUACAGGUUCUUGGUUGCAAUAAAGAUGCUGCUGAAAUUAA